CGGUCGCGCGCGUGCGGUUCGUGUGUCUGGAGCUGGACUUCCAGCGUGGUCUUCUUGGAGAUCGUUUAGCCGUUUCUGGGGUUUGUUGACCUAACUGGAAGCUCCGGCGAGGUGGGUCGUUCGGGUGGCAGAGUGCUUAGAGCUGCUCCGCAGUACAGAGGCCCUGCGGAGGCCCAGCGACUCCGCCCACAUGCUCCGAGCCAGGCCUAGGGAAGAGACCUUGGUGACCUUGCAUCCUCUGCAGAAUCCAAUGGCUGUGACCACUCACAGGAACCUGGCCCAGGGUUCCCUGACUUCAGAACCAGUUACAGAGCUUGGCCUGGAUGUUUCCUUUGAGGAUGUGGCCAUUCACUUCUCCCAGGAAGAGUGGGUGCUCCUUGAUAAGGCCCAGAGGCUCCUGUACUGCAGUGUGAUGCUGGAAAACUUGGCACUUGUGGCAUCUCUGGGUUCCUGUACUGGAAUGGGGGGUGACGACAUAACUUGUGUGCAUAAUGUGCCUGCAGAAGGGGUGGUGUGUGAGACAAGGCCAUCUCCUGAGGAGAGUCAUCUUGAGAUACGUGCUUCAGCUUUAGAAGACGUUUUGCCUCAGACUGAGUUCCUGAGCACAUACCCCGUGCAGACAUUGUGCUUGAGCAGAACAGGUUCCAGUUUAAAUGAAGAGAAUAACUGUCGCUGGAGGAGUUACAGUGGAGUAAAGGCCUAUGAAGGGGAUCCUCACAGGACUUCUGCUGUGCCAAGCUGCACAUCCCAUGUGUUGACCAGGCCAUUCAUCUGUGGGAAGGAUGGGGAGGAGGCCGUCUCCUCCACAGGCUGCGGUCAACAGCAGGCUGCUUGCAGUAGUGAACAGCCCUCCACAGCCUGUCUUCAGCAGCAGGCCACUUGUAGAAGCGAACAGCUUUACAGCAGUGGUGAGUAUGGGGAAGUGCUUUUGAAUGGAGAGAGGCAUUGUAAGGAUGGUGAAUGCCAAAAAGGUUCAAGCUGCGAACAUGUCCCUGCUCAGUGUCCCAGUACCUCCUCUGAGAAAAGGCCGGCUGAGAAUAGCAAGUAUGAGAAAGCCUUCUCCUGCAAUUACAAAUGUGCUCAGCACCAGGACAGUCACUCCGGACAGAGGACCCAUGAGCACUGUCAACAUGAGAAGUCCUUCAGCAAAAAGUGCCGUCUCAAUACACGAGACAGAAUUCAUCCUCAAGAAAGGCCCUAUAAAUGUACUGAAUGUGGAAAAGCCUUUAUCUAUAAAUCUGAACUCAUUUACCAUCAGAGACAUCACACUGGUAAAGUACAUUAUGAGUGUAUGGAAUGUAGAAAAUCCUUCACGUACAAAUCCAAUCUCACCGAACACCAGAGAAUCCACACUGGAGAAAGGCCUUAUCAAUGUGAACAAUGUGGAAAAUCCUUCAGACAAAACUCUAGCCUCUUUAGACACCACAGAAUUCAUACUGGAGAAAGGCCGUACGAGUGCUAUGAAUGUGGGAAAUCCUUCAGACAGAUCUUCAAUCUCAUCAGACACAGGCGAGUCCACACUAGAGAAAUGCCUCACCAAUGUGGUAAUUGUGGGAAAGCCUUUAGCUGCAAAACUGAACUCACUCAACACGAGCGAAUUCACAGUGGAGAAAAGCCGUAUGAGUGUAGUGAUUGUGGAAAAUACUUCAGGCAGUUCUCCAACCUCAUUCGACACCGGAGAGUGCACACUGGUGACAGACCUUAUAAGUGCAGUGAAUGUGAGAAAUCCUUCGGUCGCAAAUUCAUCCUCAUCCAGCACCAAAGAGUUCACACUGGAGAAAGGCCUCACAAAUGUGGGGAAUGUGACGCAUCCUUCACCCGAAAAUCUGACCUCCUCCAGCACCAGAGAAUCCACAGUGGCACGCGACCUUAUGAGUGUGAAGAAUGUGGGAAGUCAUUCAGACAAUGUUCUAGCCUCAUCCAGCACCGGAGAGUUCAUACCGGAGAGAAGCCUUAUGAGUGUGUCGAAUGUGGGAAAGCCUUUAGUCAGAGUGCUAGCCUCAUUCAACACCAGAGACUGCACACUGGAGAAAAACCUUACGAGUGUAGUGAAUGUGGGAAGUCCUUUAGCCAGAGUGCUAGCCUGAUUCAACACCAGAGAAGCCACAGUGGAGAAAAGCCUUAUGAAUGUAGUGAAUGUGGCAAACUUUUCACCCAUAAGUCUGACCUGAUUCAGCACCAAAGGGUUCAUACCGGAGAAAGACCUUAUGAGUGCCAUGACUGUGAGAAAUCCUUUAGCCGUAGAUCGAAUCUUGUCAGACACCAGCAAGUUCACACCUAAGAAGACUCUUUAUCAUGCUGGAACUCACCAACUUGUGAAACACUUGCUGCACAUUACUCUGGCCUAACUUUUGAAAAGGGAGUUUGUUUAUGCUCCUUUGAUCUGGAAGGUUGUGUGCAUUCUGUGGCAUGACUUGUCAGGUGACCUGUGAUGUCAGCAUGGAGGGUGGACCAAUUCCAUAGAUAUCUCCACUUUGUUUUAGAAGGUGUGGUAGAGUUGCAGGAAGCAGCUGCGUGGAGUAUUAGUCUAAUUUUCAUGGCUGCUCCUGCCCUCACAGGAAAGACUGUUGGGUUUUGGGUUCCUGACUUACUGAAGGUACUAUGAUUUUGGGGAGGCAAGAAGUCUUCAUGAAGAGGAGUGUUAUGACAACCCCAGGUAUUCCCGCACCGCCUGAACAAUUGGAUUCACUUUCCACCGGGAUGUCACAUAAUUCCUAGCGUUGUUGAAGGUAAUCUCUUCAGCAAGGUUUGCAAUGGAGCCAUUUGCUAUGUGUGAAGCAGUGCAUAGGGUAGUGAUUGGGACAGGGACUGAGUUAAUGGAUAUGAAAAUAAUCCUGCAUUUCUUUAUUGUGCGUAUGUGUGGCUUGGCGUACAUGGACUGUGGUUCACGUGUGGUGGUCAGAAGGUAGCUUUUGGAGUUGAUUCUAGUCUACCAUGUGGGCUCCGAGAUUGGAUCGAGGUCAUCAGGCUCUUGGCAAAUGUUUUAACCUGCUGAGCUGUCUCUCUGACCCUGGAACGUGCUUCUGUUAAAACUUCACCCAUAGAUGUUCCAGUGAUUUUGUGUGAGUUGACAAAUACACAAGAUCUUUAUAGCUUUUUCCUGUGGCUGUGAGCUUUUGUCAGAGAAAACACUGAGAUGAUUUUUGUGGAUUCCUCUGACCCUCUGGCUCUGGCAUUGGCAGAGCCGUACAGUCAGAAAAACAAGGGGAGGAAGGUGAUUCUGUGAGGUGGGGUAUAAUUCUGACUUGUCAUUUGAAGGGCAGUAACUUUUAUUACUUACCAAGAUUGUCUGUCAGUAGAGCUGUCACUCUCAGAUUCUCAGAAGACAGAUGACAGAAUCCACACCAGGUUGUGAAAAGUUUUGAGAACAGCAGGAUAUCUAGGUAUACUGUUUUGUGCUACUUUUUACAGCAUUAUUUAUGUAUCGUCUGGAUGAUUGAUACUUCAAGGGCAUAGCAUGGCACUGUGGCAUAUGCCUACAGUUCCAAUUUCUAGAAAAGGCUGAGGAAUGAGGAGUCCAUGAGCCCAGAAGUUUGUAGCUCAGUGGGGGCAACAUAGCAUGACUCUAUCUAAAAACAACAGGUCAAUUUGGUAAAGUCUUGAAAUCAUUACAGUUAUGAAAAUGAAUUUGCCUCUCAUCUGUAUAUUUACAACAUGCCCCUUUAUAUUUUCUACCUCUCCUGGAAACCAGUGAUUUUUGUUUUUAAUUUAAACUUUAUUUUUAGAUGUAUGGGUAUUUUCUCUGCAUGAAUAUAUAUGUACCUAGUGCUUGGGGAGGCCAGAAGAGGGAGAAGAAUCUCCUGGCACUGGAGUUACAGAUAGCUGUGGGCAACCAUGUGGGUACUGGGAACUGAGUCCAUGUUUCUAGUGGUCUUAACUGCUAAGCCAUCUCUUUAGACCCUGCUUUGUCUUAAACAACAGAUUAGUUUACAUCAUUUAGAAUUUUAAAUUAUUGCCAUCGAAACAUAUAUGCAUAUAUAUAUAUAUAUAUAUAUAUAUGUUGUAUAAUUAUUUGAAGAUUCAACAGUGAUGCUCAUAUAAAAAGUUGUUACUGUUGCUGAAUAGUGUUUUGUAUGUAUCAACUACUGCUUGUUUAUCUAUUAAUUUAUUUAGAAUUUUUUUGUAGACUUUUCAUAUGACAACUAAAGCUGCUGUGAAUAUGUCAGAGUCUUUAUAUAGCUAUGCAUUUUAAGCACCUUGUGUUAAUGACCCAAAUUGUAAUACAGGAGUUACAGGUGAACAUUUUAAGGACAGUUUAGGCAAUGCCAGCUGUGAUGCUUGCCCCGUCUUGCAUUCUCACCAGCAGAACAUAAAAGUGGCUGUUCCUCUCCACUCUGGCGUAUUCAUCAUGUAAGAUAUCACCCCACUUGGUGAGUCUACUGUGGCAUUUCACUGUGUGUUUAAUUGUAUUUCCUUAAGAAUUCAAAAUAAAACACUUUUUUUCAUGUGCUUAAUUGCUGCUUAUAUAUCUUUAAAAAAUGACU